CACACCAAGUCAUCAUCAGUUCAGAGUUAUACACUUCCACUAGUCGACCAGAAAUUUCUAAAAUUUGUCAAGUAAGCAUCUCUUAAAGAUAUUUUCACAAAGUGUUUGAUACAAUUCACGAUGACUGAAUAUUAUUUAAACAUUACGCUGCUGGUUUCCUUCAUCUGGUAGCAUCAAUGUCGGAGUCCCCAGAAUAUUCUCGACGGGGUCGGGUCAUCCCGACUUGUUCCAACUUGAAAAUUAAUUUUACUUUAUUCGGAGCUCCCCUACACCAACAAUGGAGUGCUAAAAACUUCGCUACUACUCCACAGGUCCCAUUGUCUCAGCUUUGGUCGGGAUGGCGAGCGGGGGAACAGAAUCCACGUGGGGACGCCUGGAGGAGGCACUGAUCCUGGAGUCCAAAUACCAGCCGUCACUGCAGCUGCCGAUUACAACCGAGAAUGGCAGUGAAGUGACGAUGGGCAUGCGCGAUGGCUCAGCCCAGGUGCUCCGGUGUCUGAAGGUAUGGUACGAGCUACCUCCGGACGUCCUCUUCAUCGCCCUCAACAUCAUGGACCGCUUCCUGAGCCGGAUGCGCGCGCGACCCAAACACCUCAGCUGCAUCGCCAUCAGCUCGUUCCACCUGGCGGUGGAGUACGCGGCGCGCGAGCAGCCGCAGCUGGCGGCCGCCGCGCGCAGCCCCGCCGACCUGGUCAACAUCAGCCAGGCCAAGUGCUCGGCCGGCGACGUGGUGCGCAUGAGCCGCAUCAUCGCCGACAAGCUGGGCUGUGACCGCGGCGCGGCCACCCGGCCCGUCACCGCCGCCGACCUGGUGCGCAUGCUGACCGCCCUGCUGCGCCGCACCGCCGACCGGCUGCCGGCGCCGCUGGCCGAGGCCGUGCGCGCUGUGGACGCCGAGGCGCUGGUGCGCCGGCUCGAGAGCCUGGUGUGCACGGGCGCGGCGUCGGCGGCGCGCAGCUGUGAGCUGGCGCUGGCGCUGCUCGCCGGCCGGCUGCACGAGCUCUGCGACGGCCAGGAGACGGCCGUGCUGGUGCAAGACCUGCAGCACUUCUGCCGGAUCCAGGACGCGUCGUUCAUCAAGACGCGCGAGCUGGUGUCUCAGCUGGUGGCCAACUACAACUCUGCCGGCUGCACCCCGCAGCGCGCGCGCCAGAGGCUCAUGUGGCGACUGUCCAACAGGACGCUCAAACAACUGCGGCCCACCACCCGGCUGCGCUCUGUUCUCCCCACCAUCGAAGAAAGCUGGGACUCUGCGGGCCCGACGGUGACCUCGCGCGGCUCUCGGCGCCACCGCUGGACGGCCUGUGGCACCGACUGUAACCAGGCGUGCGUGCGGCCGGCGGCCAGCGCGGCGCCGGCUCCCGCCGCCGUCUUUACAGCGCUGCCAGAGGACUGAGCCGGCGGCGGCCACCGGCGGCCGCGCGGCCCACCGCCCGCCGCACCCACCCGCCGGCCGCGCGGCGCGACCCAACACCAGGAGACGCGCCCCGCGCCGGCUAACAGUUUCGUCGUGUUUUGCUUUUCACAUGUUUCCAAUGUCAUUGACGCAGUGUCCAUUCGGAAAACGUUAAAAAAACGUACAAAAAGUACUUGGAAAGCAAAUUGUCAUAAAAAGUUAAAAAGUACAAAAAGUCAAAAAAUGUGAUAGUGUGUAGCAUGAAUGUGCGUACAUGAUGUGUGGAUGUUUGGCUUCCAACUUGCGCCCUAUAUUCAACUUUGUUUGCACACAAAGUCGUAUUCAUACUGGUAGCAAUUGGCGGCUAAGUUCAGAAACAACUUACUUCCGCAGUGAUUUUAUGAGUGAUGCUUCUUGCCUGUCCUGUCGCUAGUAACCCGUUUGUUUCCGUUCUGAUUAGUGCAAUGGCCGCGCGGCGUCGCCCGGCGACGGUGCGCGGGCCGCCCGUCCCCCAGAGAAGCUAUGUUCGUCCCGUGUGUGUGGAGCGCGUGUCUGCAGGCCCGCCCGAGUGGGGCGCCGCGCGUCCGGCCGCCAGCGCACCUCUAGUCAGCGCGGCGGCGGCCGGGCGCGCACCCAAGUCAGCGGCGUCUCUGCGCGCCCUCCGCAGGGAGGGGUCCGCGCGCGCGCCGCCGUCACCGCCGGCCGGAUGACGCCGCCCUGAAGCCCGACCCUUACCGGGCGGCCGACGGUGCGCCGGCGGUGGCGGCGGCGGGCGCGCGGCCGCGGCGCCGGCGGCGGAGCGGAGCGCGCGGCCGGCCCGGAGGACGCCCCUCUGACGGCGUCGUACCCGCCGUACCGAGGGGCCGAGGGUGCGGCCGGCCGCGCGCGACGAACCGCCGCCAGGGCCGCCGUGCACGGCGCCGCCGCAAUAGGUGAUCAGUGAUGAGACAAUAAUGAUGAUUGCGUGACAGGGCGCCGCUAUGCGGCCCCGGCGCCGGCCCGCGGGCAUUACAAAGGCCAGUGUCCCCCGGCCGGCACCGUGCCCGCCGCGGCCCGCAGACCGACCCAUCCCGCCCCGCCCCCAGCUCCCCCUCCCCUCCCCUCCCCAGCUCACCCACUGAAGUUCGCUGCCGCUUUGACGCAGAGACAGUUGGCGUUUCGGCUAUCUUGUGACAUAUUGCGAAAUCGAGAAAUACAUGUAUUAUUUUUUC